CAUACAGGACAGCCCAUUCCGAGGACUGCACUUCGUGUGUGUGCUUGAUUUGCAUAUAUGCAGGCCAAGUCGAGCAGCAACGGCAGCAACAACAACCAUUGCAACCAAAACAAAGAUGCUGCGCUCCUGACACUGAAACCCGCACAAGGCCAAUCGACGAAAUCAGGCCACGCACACGAAUUCCGGCACGGUGGCGAUGACGAUGGCGAUGGCGAUGACGUAGCGUUGCUCCCGGCAAACGGCCUACCACAUCAGAAGGCCAGCUUCCCCAGACACCCAAUCCCCACCCACUCCCAUCUCCAGGAGCAGAGGUAA